AUGAACAAGCUCGGAGAGAACCUCCAGAUGAACCAGCUGCACAUGCAAAAAACCAGAGGAAACGCGCACCAGCACGGUGUUCUGGACGGGUUUUCGUAUGCCUUCGGAGAGCAUGAGCUCUUGGUGCGGUCGCUCGAUGCGGGGAUUGUGGUGGUGGGGAAACCGACGGGGUUCCCCUGCCCGUUUGAUGAACCGGAUUUGGAGAAGGGAGUGAGCACGAUGCUGGUGAACAAUCUUUGGGGAGUGAACUAUGUGAUGUGGUAUCCGUUCGAGAAGCAGGAUGCGGACAUGGUUUUCCGGUAUGUUAUAGAGAGUAGUUAA